AGGUGGACUAUUACCGAGCGACGAAAUCAUGGCAUAUGUCCAGACAACGAGACCGCACAUGACGUUGGAUGAGAUUCUGUCGGAUAUGGAAGUGAUCCCAAAGUCAAAGCACAAAUUGUACUUCAUGUGCAAUCUGGAUGUGGCCAAAACUGUAUGUACGGAUCGAUAA